GUCAAACGAUUUCGGGACACUUUUAGCAACCCUUCCAUGUUGACUAAAAGUAGUACCCACCUUAUUCCGCUAUUUUUGGAGCGCACCACGUUGGAGCCCCAUUUCCACAUUUGCCAGCGACCCGAUGGCCACGUCCCUCGAGAAGCGCGACAUCAUCACGUCCAACUCGGCCAGCCUCGGCUUCAAGGCCGGUGCCGCGACCACAGUCAUCGCUGGUGCCGUCGUGGCGGCGGCCCACCAGUACUCGCCGACGUUCCGUGCCCGUCUCGGGGUGAGUGGCAAGGUCGGUCUGGUCGUGAUGGCAGGCAUGUCGGCGUUCACGAUUGCCGCCGAAAACGACUUGCUGCGCGGUAGUCGCAACCCGGACAAGUAUAUCUCGGAACUCCAGGCCGCGCCGGACGCAAAGGCGGCGCAGUCGACGGGGCCGACCAAGUCGUUGCCGCUGUACCAGCAAUUCGGCAACUACGUCCACGACUACCCGUUCCGCACGGUCGCGUGCACGGCCGUUCCGCUCGUCGGACUCAUCUUCUUGGACCAGAACCGCAACCAGAACAUCCAGUUGUCGCAGAAGAUCAUGCACACGCGUAUCUACGGCCAGGUCACGAGCGUCGUCUUGCUCCUGAGCACGAUGGCCAUGUACGACUACAUGUCUCGCCGCGGACCGUACAAGUAGGCAUUCCUCCACUUUAGACUCAAUCGCACAUAUAUCUAUCUUCCGUUCGAACCCGUGCGAUUCCUCCAUCGUCGGGAUGCUCGUGGCAUCCACCGUCGUGGCGAUUGAGGAUCAUCGCAAGUCGAGUCAAACACAAUAAAACCUGUGAAAGUUAAUAUUUGAAUUUGAAUACCCAUCUCGUUUGCUUGCGGCGAAGAGG